AUGGUGGUUCCCAUUUCAUCGAUAGAACAUUUGAAAAUCUUCUCAAAAGCAUGGAGUUCACCACCGUGUUUCACUCCUUAUCACCCUCAAACGAGCGGCCAAGUAGAGGUCUCUAACCGCCAAAUAAAAGAAAUCGUUGAAAAGAUUGUAGGAACCACGAGAAAAGACUGGUCGAAAAAGUUAGAUAACGCUCUGUGGGCUUACAAAACAGCUUUCAAAACCCCUUUGGGAACAACACCAUUCCAUUUACUCUACGGAAAAGUUUGUCAUUUACCAGUUGAGUUAGAGCACAAAUCAGUUUGGGCAGUAAAACAAAUAAAUUUCGAUAUCAAGCCAGCUGCCGAAAGAAUACUGAUUCAACUUAACGAGUUAGAUGAAAUUAGACACCUUGCGUAUGGAAAUUCAAAAUUAUACAAGGAAAAGGCGAAAGCCUAUCAUGACAAGAAAAUCAUCUCCCGACAUUUCGAACCUAACGACCAGGUCCAUACACGGUCAAAGAAGUACGACCUAACAGAGCCAUCACCCUAG